AUGCCGAUCAAACCCAUCACCGGCAUGCUCCGGAGGAACCUCGUGCUCGACCUCGCGACAGCUUUCGGUCUCGGCACAGCCGCCGGCUACUUCUGGUGGUACGGCUUCCACAUCCCACACAUCCGCACACGAGACCAGUUCUACGAGAAGUUGGAGAACCAGAGGGCGAAUGCGAUGAAUCAGAAGUCGUAG